AUGGGGGCCGCGGGGGCCGCCAGCGCCGUGGGGACCACGCUCCGGCUGCCCGCGGCUCCCCCUCUCGCUUUCUGCUAUACGUCGGUUUUUCUGCUUUUCGCUUUCUCGGUGCCCGGGAGCAGAGCGUCCAACCAGCUCCCGGGCGGUGGCGGUGGCGGUGGCGGCGGCGGGGCAGGAGCGGGUGCUGGAGCAGCAGCCGGAGGAGGAGGGGGCGCAGGCGGAGGAGGAGGAGGAGACUGCCCAGGCACGGGCAAAGGGAAAAGCAUCAACUGCUCAGAAUUAAAUGUGAGGGAGUCUGAUGUAAGAGUUUGUGAUGAAUCAACUUGUAAAUAUGGAGGACUCUGUAAAGAAGAUGGAGAUGGUUUGAAAUGUGCAUGCCAAUUUCAGUGUCAUACAAAUUAUAUUCCUGUCUGUGGUUCAAAUGGAGAUACUUACCAAAAUGAAUGCUUCCUCAGAAGAGCUUCUUGUAAACAUCAGAAAGAGAUAACAGUAGUGUCAAGAGGACCAUGCUACUCUGAUAAUGGUUCUGGUUCUGGCGAAGGAGAGGAAGAAGGAUCAGGGGCAGAAGUUCAUAGGAAACAUUCUAAGUGUGGACCUUGCAAAUAUAAAGCUGAGUGUGAUGAAGAUGCAGAAAAUGUUGGAUGUGUAUGCAACAUAGAUUGCAGCGGAUACAGUUUUAAUCCUGUGUGUGCUUCUGAUGGGAGUUCCUACAAUAACCCAUGCUUUGUUCGAGAAGCCUCAUGUGUGAAACAGGAGCAGAUUGAUAUAAGACACCUUGGACACUGCACAGGAAAAAGAGGAGGAUUACCUCAGAGCAGAAUAACAAGGUGUGAAUCUGGUUAUACUGGCCAGCACUGUGAAAAGACAGACUUUAGUAUUCUCUACGUGGUUCCAAGUAGACAAAAACUUACCCAUGUUCUUAUCGCAGCCAUCAUUGGAGCUGUCCAGAUCGCCAUUAUUGUUGCAAUUGUCAUGUGCAUAACAAGAAAAUGCCCUAAAAACAACAGAGGACGUCGGCAGAAGCAAAACCUAGGCCAUUUUACAUCGGACACGUCAUCCAGAAUGGUUUAACUUGAUGACUUUUAUAUGUACACCAACCAUGUGAUAAACAUUUUAUUAUGUCUUUUUUUAAAGAAUAGAAAUAUUUAUUUCAGAGGCCUUAUUUUUGGACAUUUUUAGUGGAACACUGUCGGCUUGUAUUUAGAAAAGCAUCAACUCUAACAGUUAUGGACUUUCUGUUUUGUGUUUUUAAAUACUGAAUUUCAUUUUCUGUAUCUGUAACACAUGGUUAUAUAAGACUUGUACUUUACCCAUGGAAUGUAAUAUUUUUGCAAAUCCAGAUCACUUCUCAAAUUAUUAUAGUCACACACACACAAAAUCAAGCAUGAACUAAAGGUAAAAGAUGUUUACAGAUUACUUUUCAUACAAAAAAAAAACCCCUAGAAGACACUGUGUUUAAAUAGAUAUUUAAAUGUUUUUGAGAUUUAGUACAUGAUUUUUUUAGACACUGCUUAUCGCAUGAAUUGUGAAGCUGUGUAUGUGUGUAGCUGUAAAAUAUUUAUAAAAUGUUUGGGCUGUACGUUGAGCACUACUCUCCUUGCAAAACAAUUUGGAAAUUUGGAAAAGGAUCUUAUAGUGCUGAUGGAACAGAUCCAUAAAAAGUGGGCCUUGGUAGAUUUAGAUAUUAUGAUCAUUGACUUUCAAAAGGCAACAGAAUAAAAUCAAGCCUACUUUUUUCAUGGAGAUCAUUUUAAUACUCAGUCACUUUUUUAAAGAAAAUAUUUGUUUUAACACAAAGAAUAAAUCAAUUGUAUUGGUGUUUGUGAUUAAAAUGCAAAAAAAAAUGAUCAUUAACAAACAGUGUUCUUGAAGAGAAUAUGCCAAGAACUUGAAAAACUCUCCAAAUUAGAUUUCUGGUUAUAGUUAUAUUAAUAGAUUGUCAAUGUUUGGAGGAUCUGAAAUGUGAGUAGGAUGUAUUCAGCUGUUUAACAUGUAGUUUAGACUUUCAGAAGUAUGCAUGUAGAAU